CUUCCACACUGCUCGGGGUAGUGUGGAACGCAUUACUCCCGUCAUCCCGUCCGGCUAUCCGGCACAAUUUCACCAAACUUUUUUUUUUUUUGCUUUAUUGUUCCGUCAUUUACACCAGAUUCCUCAAGACUAUUGCAGGUGUUUGGUCGUGAAAAUCUGGUGUUCCGGCACUUAGUUUUUUUAGGUUAUUUUCUUUCAUUUGCAUCUCCUGUUUGCGCGCGCGGCGUGAGUUUCACGUGGAGCCCGGGCCUCAUCACUGCUGGAAAACAUCCCUUCAGCUCUCCGGUCAGAGCCGUUAGCAUUAGCUAUUAGAUAAAAUGGCAAAGAUGGCAACCUUGAUUUUGGAGGACGGGGCGACGUUCAGAGGCCGCCUUUUUGGCGCUAAUGUGUCAGUGUCGGGAGAAGUUGUGUUCCAGACAGGUAUGGUGGGCUACCCCGAGGCUCUUACUGACCCGUCCUACCGCUGCCAGCUGCUCACCCUCACUUAUCCCUUGGUUGGCAACUAUGGGGUCCCUAAGGAGGAGGAGGGCGAGUUUGGACUAAGCAAGUGGUUUGAAUCGUCCAAGAUCCACGCUGCAGCUCUGAUUAUUGGAGAGCUGUCAGAGAAUCCCAGUCACUGGAGUUCAGUCAAGUCACUGGACCAGUGGCUCAAAGAGCAAGGCAUCCCUGGAUUACAAGGCAUUGACACCCGCCGUCUAACCAAAAAGAUCAGAGAGAAGGGCACCAUGCUUGGGAAGCUUGUGGUGGACGGGACUCCUGAGGACAGUGUUCCUUUUGACAAUCCUGACCAGAGGAACCUGGUCCAGGAGGUCUCCAUGAAGGAACCCAGAGUUUACAACCCCGAUGGUAAUCUGCGAAUCACAGCGGUGGACUGCGGUAUCAAAUAUAAUCAGAUCCGCUCCCUGGCUCAGAGAGGAGCCCGUGUUACUGUUGUACCCUGGGACCACCCGUUGGACACCGCAGACUUUGAUGGUUUGUUCAUCAGUAACGGCCCUGGGGAUCCUGAGUUCUGUCAGGCCACCAUCACCAAUGUGAGGAAAGUGGUCAGCAUGGAUCGCCCAAAGCCACUUUUUGGUAUCUGCCUUGGACACCAGCUGCUCUCUUUGGUCAUUGGAGCAAAGACCUACAAGAUGAAGUACGGAAACCGUGGCCACAACCAGCCCUGCAUCCACAAGGGAACAGGUCGCUGCUUCAUCACCAGUCAAAACCAUGGGUUUGCUGUCGACCCUGAAACCCUGCCAGAAGGCUGGGAUGUUCUCUUUACCAACGCCAAUGAUCACACCAGCGAGGGCAUCGUACACAACACACAACCCCUGUUCAGUGUUCAGUUCCACCCGGAGCACAUGGCAGGUCCCACAGAUCUGGUCAGCUUGUUCGACGUCUUCCUUGACACUGUGAAAGACCACAAGGAGGGCAACGCUACAAAAACGGUGAAGCAGCGUCUGAUGGAUCACCUCACCUACCCGGGUUCCAUGAAGCCUGUAGAGGUAGUCCGACCCAGGAAGGUCCUGAUCCUGGGCUCUGGAGGACUGUCCAUCGGCCAGGCUGGAGAGUUUGACUACUCCGGCUCCCAGGCUAUCAAGGCUCUGAAGGAAGAGAACAUCCAGACUGUGCUGAUCAACCCCAACAUCGCCACUGUCCAGACGUCAAAAGGCCUUGCUGACAAAGUCUACUUCCUCCCCAUCACUCCGGAGUAUGUCACUCAGGUAAUAAAAAAUGAGCGUCCGGACGGCGUUCUGUUGACUUUCGGUGGUCAGACCGCCUUGAACUGUGGCGUGGAGAUGACCAAGCUUGGUGUCCUGGAGAAGUAUAAAGUAAAGGUUCUGGGAACACCGGUAGCCUCCAUCGAGAUGACUGAGGACAGGAAGAUCUUUGUGGAGAAAAUGGAAGAGAUCAAUGAACACGUCGCUCCAAGUGAAGCAGCGCUGUCUGUGGAGCAGGCAUUGGCAGCUGCAGAGCGUCUAGGCUACCCGGUCCUGGUUCGUUCAGCGUUUGCUCUCGGCGGUCUGGGAUCCGGCUUCGCCAACAACAAAGAUGAGCUAACCUCUCUGGUGACAUCAGCCUUUGCGCACACCUCCCAGGUGCUGGUGGACAAAUCCUUGAAAGGCUGGAAAGAGAUCGAGUACGAGGUGGUCCGUGACGCCUACGAUAACUGUAUCACUGUGUGUAAUAUGGAGAAUAUUGACCCUCUGGGCAUCCAUACUGGGGAGUCGAUUGUAGUGGCGCCCAGUCAGACGCUCAACGAUCACGAGUACAACAUGCUGAGGAACACAGCCAUCAAAGUCAUCAGGCACCUCGGCAUCGUGGGAGAGUGUAACAUCCAGUAUGCUCUCAAUCCCGAAUCAGAGCAGUACUACAUCAUCGAGGUUAACGCCCGUCUGUCGCGGAGUUCGGCUCUGGCCAGUAAGGCGACAGGUUAUCCUCUGGCCUAUGUAGCGGCUAAACUUGGCCUUGGGAUCCCACUGCCACAGCUGAAGAACUCUGUGACCAACUCGACAACAGCAAACUUUGAGCCCAGUCUGGACUACUGUGUGGUGAAGGUGCCUCGCUGGGAUCUCAGCAAGUUCCUCAGGGUUUCCACCAAGAUCGGCAGCUCCAUGAAGAGUGUCGGUGAGGUGAUGGCUAUUGGCCGCAGCUUUGAGGAGGCCUUCCAGAAAGCUCUGAGGAUGGUGGAUGAGAACUGUGUUGGGUUUGACCACACUAUCAAGCCUGUCUCUGAAAAGGAGCUGCAGACUCCCACAGACAAGCGCAUCUUUGUGUUGGCAGCGGCGUUUAGAGCCGGCUACACAGUGGACCAGCUGUACGACCUCACAAAGAUCGACCGUUGGUUCCUGCACAAGAUGAAGAACAUUGCUGACCACGAGCGGCUGCUGGAAACUUACAACCAGGACGAGAGCACCAUGCCUCCAGAGGUGAUGAGAAAGGCCAAGCAGCUGGGCUUCUCAGACAAGCAGAUAGCUCUGGCUGUGCAGAGCACCGAGCUGGCAGUGAGAAAGCUGCGUCGCGAUUGGUCCAUCCUGCCUGUGGUGAAGCAGAUCGAUACAGUGGCGGCUGAAUGGCCCGCCCACACCAACUACCUCUACCUGACCUACCACGGUACGCAGAACGACCUGGGCUUUAACAACCAGCACGUCAUGGUGAUCGGCUCUGGUGUGUACCGCAUCGGCAGCAGUGUGGAGUUUGAUUGGUGCGCGGUGGGGUGUAUCACAGAGCUGAGGAAGAUGGGUUAUAAGACCAUCAUGGUGAACUACAACCCUGAGACCGUCAGCACAGACUACGACAUGUGUGACCGCCUCUACUUUGAUGAAAUCUCCUUUGAGGUGGUGAUGGACAUCUAUGAGAGGGAAAACCCAGAGGGAGUGAUCUUGUCUAUGGGAGGCCAGCUGCCCAACAACAUCGCCAUGUCGCUGCACCGCCAGCAGUGUCGUAUCCUGGGAACUUCACCCGAGUGCAUUGAUGCCGCCGAGAACAGGUUCAAGUUUUCCCGAAUGCUGGACACCAUCAACAUCAGCCAGCCACAGUGGAAGGAGCUCUCUGACACUGAGUCUGCUGUGAAGUUCUGUGAGAUGGUGGGUUAUCCCUGCCUUGUUCGUCCUUCCUAUGUUCUCAGUGGAGCAGCCAUGAAUGUGGCCUACAGCGACAGUGAUCUUGUGAAAUACCUGAGUAGCGCUGUGGCUGUGUCCAAGGAACAUCCCGUCGUCAUCUCCAAAUUCAUACAGGAGGCCAAGGAGAUAGACGUGGACGCAGUAGCGCGUGAUGGGGAUGUGGUGGCUAUUGCUGUGUCUGAACACGUGGAGAACGCUGGUGUUCACUCUGGCGACGCCACACUGGUGACGCCCCCUCAGGAUCUCAAUCAGAAAACCAUCGAAAGUAUCAAGGCCAUCGUCCACUCCAUCGGCCAGGAGUUGCAGGUCACCGGACCCUUCAACCUGCAGCUGAUUGCCAAGGAUGACCAGCUGAAGGUGAUUGAGUGCAACGUCCGAGUAUCCCGCUCAUUCCCCUUCGUAUCCAAGACCCUGGGCGUGGACCUUGUUGCCCUGGCAACGCAGGCCAUUAUGAAGGAGGACGUGGAGCCUGUGGACCUAAUGAGAGGAAAGGGGAUUGUGGGAGUGAAGGUUCCUCAGUUUUCAUUCUCUCGGCUGGCCGGAGCUGAUGUGGUGCUCGGGGUGGAGAUGACCAGCACUGGAGAGGUCGCCUGUUUUGGGGAGAACAGAUAUGAGGCUUACCUCAAAGCCAUGCUCUCUACAGGCUUCAAGAUCCCCAAGAAGAACAUCCUGCUCUCCAUUGGCAGCUACAAGAACAAGAGUGAACUGCUGCCCACUGUGCAGGCUCUGGAGUCAAUGGGUUAUGACCUAUACGCCAGUCUGGGUACUGCAGAUUUCUACACAGAGCACGGAGUCAAGGUGACAGCAGUGGAUUGGCCAUUCGAAGAGGACGACAGCGAAUGUCCCAAGGAGAAACAACGCAGCAUCAUGAACUACCUGGAGGAGAACCACUUCGACCUGGUCAUCAACCUCUCCAUGAGGAACAGCGGAGGUCGUCGGCUCUCGUCCUUCGUCACCAAAGGCUACAGGACAAGACGCAUGGCCAUCGACUACUCUGUCCCACUCAUCAUCGACAUCAAGUGCACUAAGCUCUUUGUUCAGGCUCUGCAUCAGAUCGGUAGGACUCCACCAGUGAAAACUCACAUUGACAGCAUGGCCUCCCAGACACUGGUCCGUCUCCCUGGCCUGAUCGAUGUCCAUGUUCACCUGCGGGAGCCUGGUGCUAUACAUAAGGAGGACUUCUCCUCUGGUACAGCGGCUGCUCUGGCAGGAGGGGUGACGAUGGUGUGUGCGAUGCCCAACACUUCCCCUGCCAUCACUGAUCCCAGUACAAUGGCUCUGGUGCAGAAGCUGGCCAAAGCAGGCUGCAGGUGUGACUACGCCCUGUAUGUGGGCGCUGCUUCAGACAACGCUGCUGUCCUGCCGUCCAUCGCCAGCCAGGCUGCCGGCCUAAAGAUGUACCUGAACGACACGUACUCCACCCUCAAGAUGGACAAUGUCUCUCUCUGGAUGGAGCACUUUGAGAAGUGGCCCAAGCAGAUGCCCAUCGUGGCUCACGCUGAGAAGCAGACAGUCGCUGCAAUCCUGAUGGUGGCUCAGCUCUACCAGCGACCAGUCCACAUCUGCCAUGUGGCCAAGAAGGAGGAGAUCCUCAUCAUCCGCGCUGCCAAGCAGAAGGGCAUCCAGGUCACGUGUGAGGUGGCGCCUCAUCACCUCUUCCUGUGUGAGGACAAUUUGUCUGAAAUCGGCAAUGGACGGGCACAGGUCCGACCCAUGCUGGGAACCCGUGAGGACAUGGAGGCACUCUGGGAAAACAUGGACAUCAUUGACUGCUUUGCCACGGACCACGCCCCUCACAGUGUUGAGGAGAAGAACGCUGAGAACCCUCCUCCUGGUUACCCCGGCCUGGAAACCAUGCUGCCGCUGCUGCUGACCGCUGUCAGCGAUGGACGUCUAACUCUGGAUGACAUUAUCAGACGUCUCUAUGACAACCCACGCAAGAUUUUCAACCUGCCUGUCCAGGAAAACACUUAUGUGGAGGUGGACCUGGAGCAGGAGUGGCUUAUUCCUCAGGCCAUGCAGUUCACAAAGUCUAAAUGGACACCUUUCCAAGGUCUGAAGGUGAAGGGUAAAGUCCGGCGUGUGGUUCUACGAGGAGAGGUGGCCUACAUCGAUGGACAGGUGUUGGUUCCUCCAGGUUAUGGUGAAGAUGUGAAGACAUGGCCGACUGCUUCAGUUCAUCCUGAGCCUAUUAAAGAAACCCCUGUGACUCCAGAGCAUCCUCGUCCCACUCCUCCUCGUGAGGGCCCCGUCCGAACCCGAGCACCAAGCCCUCGCCGCGGCCCAGGAGAGGGACGCUACCUGCUGCCACCCCGCACCCACCGGUCCUCUGAUCCUGGACUGCCACCAGAGAUGGUCAUGCUCCCACCGCUUGGAGCUGGAGACAGUUACAGCCACCCUCCUCCUCUGUCCAGGCUGAUGUCUCCUCAGUCAGGACCAGGGCCCAUACCUACAUCCCACUUCCAGACAUCUCCGUUCCUACACCCGCUGAUUGGCCAGCACAUCCUGUCCGUCAGGCAGUUCAGCAAAAAUCAGAUCUCGCACCUUUUCAAUGUCGCCCACACUCUGCGUUUGAUGGUUCAGAAGGAGCGAAGCUUGGAAAUCCUGAAGGGUAAGGUGAUGGCGUCGAUGUUCUACGAGGUAAGCACUCGCACCAGCAGCUCCUUUGCCGCGGCCAUGCAGCGUCUGGGCGGCUCGGUCGUCCACUUCAGUGAAUCCACCUCAUCCACGCAAAAAGGAGAAUCGCUGGCCGACUCUGUUCAGACCAUGAGCUGCUACACAGACGUUCUGGUACUGCGACACCCAACACCUGGAGCUGUUGAGAGUGCAUCCCGUCAUUGCCGUAAGCCUGUGAUCAAUGCUGGAGACGGUGUGGGUGAGCAUCCAACCCAGGCCCUGCUGGACGUCUUCACUAUCAGAGAGGAGCUGGGGACGGUCAAUGGCAUGACGAUAACUAUGGUUGGAGAUCUGAAACAUGGCCGCACAGUUCAUUCCCUCGCCAAACUGCUGACACAGUACCGCAUCACCUUGCGCUAUGUGGCUCCCAAAAACCUCCACAUGCCAACAGAGAUCAUCAACUAUGUGGCCUCAAAGGGCAUCAAACAGGAGGAGUUUGACAGUAUUGAAGAAGCUCUGCCUGAGACCGACGUCCUCUACAUGACCAGGAUCCAGAAGGAGAGGUUUGCAUCUGAGCAGGAGUACAAGGCCUGUUUUGGUCAGUUCAUCCUCACUCCUCACAUCAUGACUGUGGCCAAAAAGAAGAUGGUGGUGAUGCAUCCACUACCCAGAGUCAAUGAAAUCAGUGCGGAGGUGGACACAGACCCGAGAGCUGCGUAUUUCCGUCAGGCGGAGAACGGCAUGUACAUCCGAAUGGCCCUGCUGGCCACCGUACUGGGCAGAUAAAUCCAUGUGCUGCCUGUGUGUAACGCAAAUGGUUAAACUGUUGAGUAGUAAUGACAAGUAUUAGGCACAGUGCCUUCAUGUUCUCUCCUGAAAUAACACAAUCCACAGCUCGGUCCUCAAAGGAGUGUUAGCUGAUUUUAAUAAACAUGAAGACGUGAAACUGAGUCUGCUGUAUCAUGGUGUAACCUGACGCUGCUCUUCUUCAGUUACACAGGCCACUGAUAUAUAUAUAUUUUUUUUUUAAUCCAUAUGUCAGCUUUAAAAUAGCUUCUUCUUGACCAACUAUUCUUAGGACCAGCAAGAUUUAUUUAUUUUUGCUCACAAUGGUUAACAGACCGUGAGUAUUUGUGCAUCAGAGAGCCAACUACAGGAGCAGGGGGAAGGCUGCGUGGAGGAGAAAUGGAGGUGGGCAUUGAAACCUUAAUAUUGUUGGUAUUAUGUUUUAUUGAUGAAAUAAAUGUUAACUGUGGGUAACUUUAAAGGGACCAGUUAGGAAGGUAAAGGAGAGAAAGGACAAGCAGCAAAGCUUGGUUAUAGCAGUUCUCUAUUCCACGGGUAAAAUCCCUCAAGCAAGGAGAGAUUAAAAAUAUGUAGUCUUAUAAUAAUUGAAUGUUCUUUUCUCAUUUCAAGGAAAAUAAGGGCUUUAAUAAACAGCUUUUGAAAAUGUGCACCUUUUUAAAAUUGCUUAAUUUAAAAAAAAAAAAAAAAAAAAAAAAUAGCUUGAGUUUACCUUUUCCUUCUUUUUAUUGUUAACUUUUGAAUUGAUCAGCUUUAACUUUUCUUUCUUUCCAUCUAAAAUAAGUUAAGAGACUUUUUUUGACCCAGUGCCUUGGGCAUCAGUGUCUGCAGUAUAACAUCACAACCAAAAACAAAUACUGUCAUCCAUUAUAUAAUCCCACUCCCCUGCUUUCCUUUCACUUUUUCUCUGACUACUGUCUCUUCCCUGUGUGUCUGUGUCUGUCUGUGUGUGUGUAUCGCGCACUAACUCGAGGCGCAAUGAUUGGCUGAAUGGCAUCACAUGAUAUGAUGUACAACGCAUGCGAUUGGUCUAUGAGUUUCCUGUGCCGCUGAACCAAAGCCGUAAAGUCUAGAAAAGAUGCACCGGUUAAAACACACGUUCAAAAUCUUAAUAACCCUCUAUAAUUUAUUCCUUUUUUGUACAUUUUUCUUUAAUGUGUAACAUUUACUGAAUGUGGAUACGAACAAAUGUUCUCGAAGCUAUUUUUAAUGGUUUGAGGAUAAUUGUUGUAACUGUCAGUGUUGUUAUACUGUAACAGUUUGAGGAGCAAACCUUUUUUUUUUUUUUCCCAAAAUGGGAAUUGAUGUCAGCAACGUUUUGGUGAAUGAAUGUAUUA